AUGUCGGUCCAGGCAAAGCACAAACAUACUACGAGCUCGAAAUCCGUCAAGGAUGCUCAAUCAUUAAGCCCACCUAAAAAGCGAAAACGCGACACCGAAGGCAUUGACACCUCCAAGAAGAAGAAAAAGCCGCGGACAGAGGAUGUCGCAGAAACCCCAGCAGCCAUAGCGGAGUCCCCUGUAGAGCGGAAGGAGAAGAAAAAGAAGAAGAAGAAGAAACAAAAGCUUGAAGAAGAGGGAGAUGCUGUUGUGCGGAGGGUAGAAGAGGAAGAAGAGGCACCGGUGUCGCAGGACGCGGAGCAAAGAGACGAAGAUGCCACCGAUGAAGACAUGAAGUCGACUGAAGAGACAGACGCAGCUGUCCUGGAUGGCUCAGUGGCAGUGGACGAGGAAGAAGUGGAAGAAACAGAAUUCAAGCUGCUGGAAUCCGAAGAUCCUAGCUCUUUCUACUCGACCCGCCUCUCACUCUAUCUCUCGAUACCUGCGAUCUCUCUUGAAGCUGCCAAAUCGUCAGUCCUUGCAGUGCAUCUUGCACCGUUACUUCUGACAUAUUUUCCUCCUGCGCGAGGGAUUGUUCUGGGGUUCUCAGACCCUGUUUUGUCCGCCCAACCCAAUUCCAGCAUCAAUCUCCCCCUCUUACCUCCCCGAAACGGCGAGAUCGAGGCACAAGCAGAAGUGCUGGCAGACACAGCUGACGAAUUUGGGGUAUGUUGGGUCUGGCUCACCGCUACCUUUCUCGUAUUUCGACCCGAAAGAGGUGACGAACUGUGUGGAUGGACGAAUGUUACAUCGGAAGGCUUCGUGGGCCUGGUGAGCUACAAUUACUUCCAGACAGCCAUUGGCAAGAGUCGGAUUCCGGCUGAGUGGAAAUGGAACGGGCCGAGCAGGGAACAGCUGCCAAAAACCAAGAAGGGCAGAAAGGGUCGACUACGCGACGAGAACGGCUUGGACGAGGAGGAGGAAGCCGGCACACAAGAGACUGCAACAACACUGGCGGAGGCGCCAUCCUCACAAACCCUACUGGCCGAUGAUGGCGGAUAUUUUGCAGACGCGAGCGGGACCAAGAUCAAGUCGACGCUGAAAUUCCGCGUGGCGGAUACAGAAAUAGUUCCGGCGCAUGACAGGAACAAGUGGUCCUUACAGAUCGACGGCACUCUCCUGGACGAUGAGGCUGAGCGGAACGUGCUGGAAGAAGAACGCGCGAAGUUUGAGCGCGUACAGGAAACCAGUCGAUCCAGGUCGCUGGGAGGAGAAGACGCCGCGGUGAUGAGUGGAGCGUUGAGCAGAUCGCUGAGCCGGGAAGGAAGUGUUGGUUCGAGGAUUUCCGGACACACGCCGGGGCGGCAUCGAGUGACUUAUUAG